AGAGGUCCAAGGAUUGCGGCAACUCCUGGAAGACACAAAUAUUCCAACAACGAGACGAAUAUUCCCCCGCAUACUGUUCUUCCAGAGAAAGAGAAACACCCUUUCUGAAAAUUCACGAAAAAUAUCACCUUUCCAAAACCAAAAUUGGAAGCCCGUAUUAGAGAAAACAAUGGGUAUCCAGUUUAGUGUUGGUGGAUAUGCGUAUCUGCAUGUGGGCUUCAUCUUUCUUGGAGUUCUUGGGUUCUGUGAAGCGGGUUUAACCAGUAGUUACGUGAGGAACAAUGGGUUGAGUCAAGAUAUGCCAUUGGACAGUGAUGUGUUUAAGGAACCUCCUGGCUACAAUGCUCCACAGCAGGGUCACAUAACACAAGGCGAUCAUGAGGGCAAGGGUGUCAUUGUCUCUUGGAUUACACCUGAUGAGCCAGGCUCGAAUUCGGUGCUCUAUUGGCCUGCAAAUAGCCGAAUCAAGAAAACGGCACACGGCGUUGUUGUAAAGUAUACGUAUUACAAUUAUACUUCUGGUUACAUUCAUCACUGCACAAUCAAGAAUUUGGAUUAUGAUACCAAAUACUACUAUGAGCUAGGAGCGGGGAAUGUGACACGACAGUUUUGGUUCUUAACUCCUCCUCAGCCAGGCCCUGAUGUUCCUUAUACGUUUGGUCUUAUAGGUGAUCUUGGUCAGACUUAUGAUUCCAACCGAACGCUAACUCAUUAUGAGCUGAACCCGGUAAAAGGACAGACACUGCUGUUUGUUGGAGACCUCUCCUAUGCUGAUAGUUACCCUCUCCAUGAUAAUACAAGGUGGGAUACAUGGGGGAGAUUUAUAGAGAGAAGUGCCGCCUAUCAACCAUGGAUUUGGACUGCUGGGAAUCAUGAAAUAGACUUUGUUCCUGAGAUUGGUGAAACUAAACCCUUCAAGCCUUACAAACACCGAUUUUUCAUACCAUAUAAAGCGUCACAAAGUACGUCUCCUCUUUGGUACUCUAUCAAGAGAGCUUCAGCCUACAUCAUUGUCAUCUCUUCUUACUCAGCUUAUGGGAAGUAUACUCCUCAAAAUAAGUGGAUCGAAAAUGAGCUACCUAAAGUGAAUCGGACGGAGACACCAUGGCUAAUUGUACUCAUGCACUGUCCAAUGUACAGCAGUUACGUUCAUCACUACAUGGAAGGGGAAACGAUGCGAGUGAUGUAUGAACCUUGGUUUGUCCAGUACAAAGUUGAUGUAGUCUUUGCUGGCCAUGUUCAUGCUUAUGAACGAUCUGAACGUAUAUCCAACAUAAGAUACAAUGUGGUUAACGGAUUCUGCACUCCGAUCACUGAUGACUCUGCUCCAGUUUAUAUUACUAUUGGAGACGGAGGAAAUCAAGAAGGCUUAGUCAAAGAGAUGACACAGCCACAGCCCGAAUAUUCGGCUUACCGGGAAGCCAGCUACGGCCACGGCAUUUUUGACAUCAAGAACAGUACUCAUGCCUAUUUCGGCUGGCAUCGUAACCAAGAUGGAUUUGCCGUAGAAGCUGACUCUUUAUGGUUUGUUAAUCGGUACUGGAAGUCCAUUGAAGAGACAUCUGUAGCUGUAAAAUGACAAGUGAAACUGCAGAAAUACCCAUAGUUUGUUAAAUAUUGUUGCAACAGCAUCUAGACUACCACUGUUUUUGUAUUUAAAUAAAUGAAAUCCCAUGCGUUGUGAGUUGUGAAUUGAGUACCUGUAAUUAGGGCCAGCAGGACAUGAUCUUGUGUGUAUAGCAGAGCAUAAUGUACUGGAAUUAAGUUUUGGAUUGUAA